GGGGAGACCUUCAUACCCAGUGAGGGAGAUGGGUCUGGUGGACAGGAGACCAUCCACAUGCAGUGUUUGUCCAAGGUGAUGUUACUGGGUGCAGCAGGUAGAGGUGACUCAGUGUGUCCGGACUGUAAGGUGACUCAGAGUGUCCGGACUGUGAGGUGACUCGGCGUGUCCGGACUGUGAGGUGACUCGGCGUGUCCGGACUGUGAGGUGACUCGGCGUGUCCGGACUGUGAGGUGACUCUGCGUGUCCGGACUGUGAGGUGACUCGGCGUGUCCGGACUGUAAGGUGACUCGGCGUGUCCGGACUGUGAGGUGACUCGGCGUGUCCGGACUCUGAGGUGACUCGGCGUGUCCGGACUGUGAGGUGACUCGGCGUGUCCGGACUGUGAGGUGACUCGGCGUGUCCGGACUGUGAGGUGACUCGGCGUGUCCGGACUGUGAGGUGACUCGGCGUGUCCGGACUGUGAGGUGACUCGGCGUGUCCGGACUGUGAGGUGACUCGGCGUGUCCGGACUGUGAGGUGACUCGGCGUGUCCGGACUGUGAGGUGACUCGGCGUGUCCGGACUGUAAGGUGACUCGGCGUGUCCGGACUGUGAGGUGACUCGGCGUGUCCGGACUGUGAGGUGACUCGGCGUGUCCGGACUGUGAGGUGACUCGGCGUGUCCGGACUGUAAGGUGACUCGGCGUGAAUCGGCGUGUACGGACUGUAAGGUGACUCGGCGUGUACGGACUGUAAGGUGACUCGGCGUGUUCGGACUGUAAGGUGACUCGGCGUGACUCGGCGUGUACGGACUGUAAGGUGACUCGGCGUGUCCGGACUGUAAGGUGACUCUGUACAGGUGUUCUAUUCUUUCUGUUCUGUUUGUCUGUUUUCACUUCCUACCAGAAGGAGUCCAUUGUCGAGGACAACACAGAACCGGAUGAGGGUUCACGGAAGCCAACCACAGGACCAGUGGUUGUCACGGGAAACCUGAAAAUGCCCGCCAUCGAGAAACUGGAACAGGUUCGCAAAUGGAGCAUCACUACUUAUAAGUGUACUAAGCAGGUUCUGUCAGAGAAGAUGGGUCGUGGAUCCCGUACGGUCGACCCAGAACUCGAGGCCCGCAUCGACAUUCUCCGUGAUGACCGCCGCCGUUAUGAUCAUGUGACCUGCUUGGCCCAGACACUCGCCACGCAGCUCGCCCAGGUCACGCAGACGCAAAGAACUCUGGGCGAUGCCUUCACCGAGCUCAGCCUCAAAACGCCGCCACUACACGUAGAGUUUGGUCUGAACGGGGACACCCAGCGGUUCCUGUCUAAGAGCGGAGAGGUCCUGGUCUCGGCUAUGAACUCUUUCACCUCCGAUAUGAACACGCUGGUUAACAAAACUAUAGAGGACACCAUGGUUAACGUCAAACACUACGAGACAGCCAGGAUAGAGUACGAUGCGUACCGUUGUGACCUGGAGGAUUUGAACCUGGGACCUCGAGACACCGCCACCCUCCCCAAACUAGAGCAGGCCCAGAGAACUUUCCAGAACCAGAGGGAGAAGUACGAGAAGAGCCGAAACGACCUGUCAGUCAAACUCAGACUACUGGAGGAGAAUAAGGUAAAGGUUCUCCAACAUCAGUUGGUAUUGUUCCAUGGUGCUGUAGCCUCCUGCUGCACCUCCAACCACCAGCACCUGGAGCUCAGCCUGCAGCAGGCAAGCACCAAGCUACCCAUGCCCGGCACGGAGCCUCCUUCCUGGCUAGAGGAGAGCUUAUCACCCCAAUAACCAUCCACCAUGUCUGGGGGUCCAUGAAACCUUCCAGUAUCUGAAUGCAAGUUGGGGCCUCUCAACUGCCACCUCUGUGGGCCAAAACAGAGUGUAUUGCCGACACUCCUGUAGGAGUUAUAGGUUCUCCUCUUACCCUAUAGGUUCUCCUCUUACCCUAUAGGUUCUAUAGGUUCUCCUCUUACCCUAUAGGUUCUAUAGGUUCUCCUCUUACCCUAUAGGUUCUCCUCUUACCCUAUAGGUUCUAUAGGUUCUCCUCUUACCCAAUAGGUUCUCCUCUUACCCAAUAGGUUCUAUAGGUUCUCCUCUUACCCUAUAGGUUCUAUAGGUUCUCCUCUUACCCUAUAGGUUCUCCUCUUACCCUAUAGGUUCUCCUCUUACCCUAUAGGUUCUAUAGGUUCUCCUCUUACCCAAUAGGUUCUCCUCUUACCCAAUAGGUUCUAUAGGUUCUCCUCUUACCCUAUAGGUUCUAUAGGUUCUCCUCUUACCCUAUAGGUUCUCCUCUUACCCUAUAGGUUCUAUAGGUUCUCCUCUUACCCUAUAGGUUCUCCUCUUACCCUAUAGGUCCUCCUCUUACCCUAUAGGUCCUCCUCUUACCCUAUAGGUUCUCCUCUUACCCUAUAGGUUCUCCUCUUACCCUAUAGGUUCUCCUCUUACCCUAUAGGUUCUCCUCUUACCCUAUAGGUUCUCCUCUUACCCUAUAGGUUCUAUAGGUUCUCCUCUUACCCUAUAGGUUCUCCUCUUACCCUAUAGGUUCUAUAGGUUCUCCUCUUACCCUAUAGGUUCUCCUCUUACCCUAUAGGUCCUCCUCUUACCCUAUAGGUCCUCCUCUUACCCUAUAGGUCCUCCUCUUACCCUAUAGGUCCUCCUCUUACCCUAUAGGUUCUAUAGGUUCUCCUCUUACAUAUAGGUUCUCCUCUUACCCUAUAGAUUCUCCUCUUACCCUAUAGGUCCUCCUCUUACCCUAUAGGUCCUCCUCUUACCCUAUAGGUUCUCCUCUUACCCUAUAGGUUCUAUAGGUUCUCCUCUUACAUAUAGGUUCUCCUCUUACCCUAUAGAUUCUCCUCUUACCCUAUAGGUCCUCCUCUUACCCUAUAGGUUCUCCUCUUACCCUAUAGGUCUUCCUCUUACCCUAUAGGUUCUCCUCUUACCCUAUAGGUCCUCCUCUUACCCUAUAGGUUCUAUAGGUUCUCCUCUUACCCUAUAGGUUCUUCUCCUCCUCUUCUAUAGGUUCUCCUCUUACCCUAUAUGUUCUUCUCUUACCGUAUAGGUCCUCCUCUUACCCUAUAGGUUCUCCUUUUACCCUAUAGGUUCUCCUCUUACCCUAUAGGUCCUCCUCUUACCCUAUAGGUUCUAUAGGUUCUCCUCUUACCCUAUAGGUUCUAUAGGUUCUCCUCUUACCCUAUAGGUUCUAUAGGUUCUCCUCUUACCAUAUAGGUUCUAUAUGUUCUCCUCUUACCCUAUAGGUUCUCCUCUUACCCUAUAGGUUCUAUAGGUUCUCCUCUUACCCUAUAGGUCCUCUUCUUACCCUAUGGGUUCUCCUCUUACCCUAUAGGUCCUCCUCU